UCGCUCGUUGAAGGCUUUAGAUCCUUUAGAUCAAAAAGAGAACAGAGUCGCUCGAUGGCGAAACGUCGAAGAGGGGCCUCUCAGCCUCAAGAUCAUCUGUAAAAAAAAACGAAGCAAGGGGCACUCAGUAUCUCGAGAGAGGCGAGGAAGCAGAACGAAGAGCGACUGAUAAACUUUCAAACAGGCCGAGCGCAGAGGCUGGGUGGGCGCACCUGUGAAGCAAGGCAGUUGAUGAGACCAGGUGUUGAGGUAACAGUCACGGCGCGUGCUCUUCUCUGCCAGCAUGUGUGCGCCUCUUGAACACAAACUUGGAUCCACGCUGAAGGGAACCGUCUUUUUGUCAGUAUAUUAGAGUGAGCCAACCGAGCCAACCAAGUGCUAAGGAAGUUUGGUUUCAACCGAAGUAGUGUCUCAACCAAACACGAACUUGAAGAUUGAGAUAAACGCCCGACUGAACGUAAUGGAUAAAUGAGACGAUUAUUAUUGUUCUGGAAGAUGAACCGCGUCCGAAAAUGCAGUCACUACCGUUUACAAAGUGAUUGACAUAUUGGAUAACUGAGUAGUAUUUUUUAACCGCUGUUUACACUAAUCUUGAAGACGUUGAUUAGAUAUACGAUGUUUUAGCGGUAUGACGAGAGUGUAAUGUGAUGCCCGAGUGGAAUCCAGGGCCAAGAUUGGGCCAGCGCUUUCUGACAAUGUGGUGGUAACGGAUGGAAUUUUGACUGGAAAACAACUGGAAUAUAUCACCGAAACGCCACCAUGUAUAUAGGCUUAUCUUUGAUCUGCCUCAUCCUCUCCUUCCUGCACCCGAUGCCUGCUUCUAGUGCCAAUGAGAGAGCAUCGGCGCCCGACAGUGCCAACAGACACAUGGGCUACCUGGACAAAGAAGGCAUCCUAGAUUUUCUUGACAAGAUCUCGAACGACCUGAACCGUCUAGGCGUCGUCCUGAAAGGCCUGCCUACUAUCAGUGUGACCACAGGUCCGAGUACGACAUCCCUGGGCUCUCUCACGACUAUGCCAGGUGGUCUAAUCACCACUACUUCUCCAGAUGGUUACACUCCUCUGAUCCCUCCUGGAAAUAGUACGACCACUACAACCACGGCCUCUCCUGGUUUAAACACGCCUUCCACUACCUUUCCUAACAGUAACGUGACCAUCACAUUUUCUCCUGAAUUGAAUGUAACCACUACGACCUCUCUUCAAGGCAAUAUGACCUUUCCUCAAGGUAAUAUGACUACACCUAUCUAUCCUGAAAGUAACACGACCACAACGACUUUUCCAGAAGGUAACAUGACCACUACGACCUCUCUUGAAGGCAACGUGACCACUACGACCUCUCCUGAAGUUAAUAUGACUUCCCCUGAAGGCAACAUGACCACUACGAUCUCUCCUGAAGUUAAUAUGACCUCCCCUGAAGGCAACAUGACCACCACGACCUUUCCUGAAGGCAACAUGACCACUACGACCUCUCCUGAAGUUAAUAUGACCUCCCCUGAAGGCAACAUGACCACCACGACCUUUCCUGAAGGCAACAUGACCACCACGACCUUUCCUGAAGGCAACAUGACCACUACGACCUCUCCUGAAGUUAAUAUGACCUCCCCUGAAGGCAACAUGACUACCACGACCUUUCCUGAAGGCAACAUGACCAGUACGACCUCUCCUGAAGUUAAUAUGACCUCCCCUGAAGGCAACAUGACCACCACGACCUUUCCUGAAGGCAACAUAACCACUACGACCUCUCCUUCAGUUAAUAUGACCUCCCCUGAAGGCAACAUGACCACCACGACCUUUCCUGAAGGCAACAUAACCACUACGACCUCUCCUUCAGUUAAUAUGACCUCCCCUGAAGGCAACAUGACCACCACGACCUUUCCUGAAGGCAACAUGACCAGUACGACCUCUCCUGAAGUUAAUAUGACCUCCCCUGAAGGCAACAUGACCACCACGACCUUUCCUGGAGGCAACAUGACCACUACGACCUCUCCUGAAGUUAAUGUGACCUCUCCUGAAGGCAACAUGACCACCACGACCUUUCCUGAAGGCAACAUGACCACCACGACCUCUCCUGAAGUUAAUAUGACCUCCCCUGAAGGCAACAUGACCACCACGACCUUUCCUGAAGGCAACAUGACCACUACGACCUCUCCUGAAGUUAAUAUGACCUCACCUGAAGGUAACAUGACCACCACGACCUUUCCUGAAGGCAACAUGACCACCACGACCUUUCCUGGAGGCAACAUGACCACUACGACCUCUCCUGAAGUUAAUAUGACCUCCCCUGAAGGCAACAUGACUACCACGACCUUUCCUGAAGGCAACAUGACCACUACGACCUCUCCUUCAGUUAAUAUGACCUCUCCUGAAGGCAACAUGACCACCACGACCUUUCCUGAAGGCAACAUGACCACUACGACCUCUCCUGAAGUUAAUAUGACUUCCCCUGAAGGCAACAUGACCACUACGACCUCUCCUGAAGUUAAUAUGACCUCCCCUGAAGGCAACAUGACCACCACGACCUUUCCUGAAGGCAACAUGACCACUACGACCACUCCUGAAGUUAAUAUGACCUCCCCUGAAGGCAACAUGACCACCACGACCUUUCCUGAAGGCAACAUGACCACCACGACCUUUCCUGAAGGCAACAUGACCACUACGACCUCUCCUGAAGUUAAUAUGACCUCCCCUGAAGGCAACAUGACUACCACGACCUUUCCUGAAGGCAACAUGACCACUACGACCUCUCCUGAAGUUAAUAUGACUUCCCCUGAAGGCAAUAUGACCACUACGACCUCUCCUGAAGGCAACAUGACCACUACGACCUCUCCUGAAGUUAAUAUGACCUCACCUGAAGGCAACAUGACUACCACGACCUUUCCUGAAGGCAACAUGACCACUACGACCUCUCCUGAAGUUAAUAUGACCUCCCCUGAAGGCAAUAUGACCACCACGACUUCCCCUGAAGUUAAUAUGACCUCCCCUGAAGGCAACAUGACCACCACGACCUCUCCUGAAGUUAAUAUGACCUCCCCUGAAGGCAACAUGACCACCACGACCUCUCCUGAAGUUAAUAUGACCUCCCCUGAAAGCAAUAUGACCACCACGACCUUUCCUGAAGGCAACAUGACCACUACGACCUCUCCUGAAGUUAAUGUGACCUCUCCUGAAGGUAACAUGACCACCACGACCUUUCCUGAAGGCAACAUGACCACAACGACCUCUACUGAAGGCAACAUGACCACCACGACCUUUCCUGAAGGCAACAUGACCACCACGACCUUUCCUGAAGGCAACAUGACCACCACGACCUCUCCUGAAGGCAACAUGACCACCACGACCUCUCCUGAAGGCAACAUGACCACCACGACCUCUCCUGAAGGCAACAUGACCACUACGACCUUUCCUGAAGGCAACAUGACCACUACGACCUCUCCUUCAGUGAAUUUGACCUCCCCUGAAGGCAACAUGACCACCACGACCUUUCCUGAAGGCAACAUGACCACUACGACCUCUCCUGAAGUUAAUAUGACCUCCCCUGAAGGCAACAUGACCACCACGACCUUUCCUGAAGGCAACAUGACCACUACGACCUCUCCUGAAGUUAAUAUGACCUCCCCUGAAGGCAACAUGACCACCACGACCUUUCCUGAAGGCAACAUGACCACCACGACCUUUCCUGAAGGCAACAUGACCACCACGACCUUUCCUGAAGGCAACAUGACCACUACGACCUCUCCUGAAGUUAAUAUGACCUCCCCUGGAGGCAACAUGACCACCACGACCUUUCCUGAAGGCAACAUAACCACUACGACCUCUCCUGAAGUUAAUAUGACCUCCCCUGAAGGCAACGUGACUACCACGACUUCUCCUGAAGGCAACAUGACCACCACGACCUUUCCUGAAGGCAACAUGACCACUUCGACCUCUCCUGAAGUUAAUAUGACCUCCCCUGAAGGCAACAUGACCACCACGACCUCUUCUGAAAUUAAUAUGACCACCCCUGAAGGCAACAUGACCACCACGACCUUUCCUGAAGGCAACAUGACCACUUCGACUUUUCCUGAAAUUAACAUGACCUCUCCUGAAGGCAACAUGACCACCACGACCUCCCUUGAAGGCAAUACGACCUAUCCUGAAGGUAACAUGACCACAACAACCUCCCCUGAAGGCAAUACGACCACGACGACCUCCCCUGAAGGCAAUACGACCUCUCCAUCCCUUCCGAUCCUCGCCAAUCACAGUAAAUAUAUCACGCCGACCUCUGGUAACUAUGCCCCUGGAGCAACGACCAAAUCUUUCAAUGGUAACGCUUCCCCGGCAUUUUACCAUGGCACUCAAGAUAAGAAUGUUUCUGGUGACAGACUAUUUACUACGCCCUUUUCCUCUCGGAUCCCCAAUGGAACUGUGGACGAGGAGGUUGUGCCUAGUGGUGAAGAGUCACUUGAUUUUACGAAUUCUCACUUGCCUUACGUAACUGCACCAUAUGGGACUACCACGCAACACAGUGUGUUAACGAGUGCAGCUGAUGUAGCAACUGAAAAUACAACCAUUUCCCAAAAUUCUAAGCUACAAAUUCCAGUCUUAAAGAAAUUUUCCAAAAAGAAAAGGAACAGAAACCAGGGGAAAAUGCGUUUUCGACGAGCGGUGAGGGAAAUACCAUUUGCCAGUAUUGUCGAUAAAAGCAUGGUACAACAUGAUGUGUAUGGUACACACAAAUCAUUAAACAUGCAACGCAAACAACACAGAUUGAUCCCUAGUAAAAUUCUUUAUCCCCCAAAGAAAGAGCCAUUCUCUCAAAGAGAUUGGAACUCCACUGAAAGUCCUAUGGAUUCAGCAGACGAUCAUAUUCGUGGUCUGGCACACAUCCUACAGACACUUACUACUGAUCUCCAAGAUGCCGUGAGAGAAGAUGCAGGUCCAUCUGAGUUUCUGGCUCUCAUGCACGAUGAAGCACAACUUAGGACUCUAACAGAAACGCUAGAGAAAUCAAACACCCUUAUAAGCAUAGAGGAAAAAGACCACCUCUCCCGACUGACCAAUUUCACUCGCAUGUCGCUCAGCAUGGCCCAAGAAAUCGUCCAGCUGCGACUGUCUACCAUCGCAAAGGCUGGUACUAUGCAUGUGAUCCUCGGUAUUACAGUGAGUGGCUGCAUCCUUCUAGUCAUGAUACUAGUGUGGACGUGCUACAGGCACAGAAGGACGCCAAGCAACCCAGACUCACGGGAUAACCUCUCCCCAGAGCGAAAUUUCGCAUCUCCAGCGACUUACAGCCUCUCCCGUCCUUUGUCGCAAUCUUCCAUAAUCCAUUCAAGUGACAGAGACUCUUCUGAAGUUCCUCAACCAGAUUACGCAACGUCAGCUACCCAAGGCGGAGCAGAGCAUGGGAGAAGGGGUGACGCGAUGCCUCUCCACCACUACCCCUAUGGAAGGCCAAACGAACGACCUAUAUAAUUAUGUCGUCUUAUUAUUCAGUAAUGUUAUUAUUUUAUAUAAACGUUAUGAUGAACGUGCUUAUUUUAGUAAAUAAAUAGUUUUAAGUUAA